AGACAUGUGGAGCUCGCAGGAGAUGCUCAGAAUGGGGGUUUUCCAGGAAGUGGGGAAGUUUUCACUUGUGUGAUGAUGAAAUGGCCGAGCCAGGCAGGGGAGAUGAAAGCGUCUGUGUAAUGCAAGGGGUGGAGCAAUGCAGCCAGGCUAUAAUAAGGUCUGCACAUUGAUGCAUCGUGCUCAGUAGUACUGAUGUAGGAGUGCUUAAGUCACAGAUCUUAUAAAUCUGCACAAAGACCCCAUCCUUCACAGUUUCGUUCAUGUAUAGGAAAAAAAUAAGAAUAAAAAUGGCCGGCGUGGAACAUGAUACCACGGCUGACGGUGUCAUUGGGGACAAUGUAGACGGCGCAGAGAAAAGCAAAAAGCAAAAUGGAUUUUAUAAAGGAUUGAAAAAGGGCGUCAUGAAAUACAUCUCCCCCAGGAAAACCCCAAAACCUGAGGAGCGUCCGUCAGAGCCGGAUGUUGUGGAGUCAAAGAGAGAGAUAACAGCUGAAGAUAUAGAAGAACAAAUAGAAAAAAAUAGAUUUUGGGACGCCAGCAAGAACUUGAUAGCCAUGGAGAAUGGGAUAUUGAGUCCAGAGGAGGACAUUCUUCUGCAGGACAAAAAAGAGGUUCUUAAGUCACUAUAUGAAAAACUGAGUACUGCAGUAUUUACAGUGAUCAAAGACUCCAUCACCGAAACACAAGGGGACUUGUUGUACCAAGCGGUACAGGCCAUAGUAGAAGAAGAGAAAGAAGACUCUAAGUACAUAUCAGACAGCGGCUCAGUAAAGGGCAACAGCCAAAGGCCAAAGCAAUGGAAGACAAAGUGGGAAAAUGAAAUUAAGCAAUCUGUGGUUGAAAGAAUUGACAACUUACCGGAGGCUUCACUGAAUGAGGUCUCUUCCACCUUUGCACAAACUUUUAUUACUCUGGGGAAGACUUUCAAAAAAGAUUUAACCCAUGUGGUGACACAUCUCAAACCGUGUUACCCUGAAGAAUUUGAUAUCUGCAACACCUAUGCUCAGCAUUAUCAUCGACUCAUAAGCUCACAAAUGGAGGAUAUUAUUUCAGAGUUUGAACUUGACGAUAAAGAUAUCUUUUUCCUUCUGUGUUGGGUAAAAAACAUCUAUCCAAACAACAUUUUGAAGGACCCAACCUUAGUUGGACACAUUGAUGAAUCCAAGUUGAAACGUCUUCUAGCACCACAUAAGAUCAGACAGUUUGAGGCCAAUUAUUUGUCUUAUGAAGUAGAUUCGGUGAAGACGUUCAUGAGCAAAAGUUUAGAUUUGGAAUUUGAGCGGUGGAAGAGCGGGAAUGAGCCGGAAAUGCUGGGGGAUUAUUAUCACUCUGAGUUACACAUUGACGUCAUUCAGUACUAUAACGGUGGGAUACAGAGGACAGCUGAGAUACAGUUGAAGAUUGUCCCCUAUCUGGCGCGUGAGUUGGAGGAUUUCCUGAAAAGGUAUAAGAGGCUGUUCAGUGAGUACUUAGAGAAGAACAAAACUCAGACUUUCUACAGAGCUAUCAGCAUCGCCAACAUCAACUGCUGUCUACACUUCAGGGAAUUUAUACACAAGGACUCACAGCUUCAGUCUCGAGUACAGAGGGAUAUGCAGUCCAUCGUUGUCGAGUUGGAGGAUCUUAUUUAUGAUGCACUAUUUCAAGACCUGUUUGUGGAGCUGAAGUCUCAUUUCCGGAAGAUGUCGCAAGGAAAUGGUCUGUGCAGCCACCAAACCAUGACAGACAUCGUAAGGAUCACAGACAAGUUUGUGUCACCUUUGAAGACGCUCUGUACCCCAUGUUACCAGGAUAUGAUCAGCAAGAUCCAUAAACACCUGGUGAAGGAAUACCUGGCACGGCUUCUAAAGAAGAAAGUCAGCCACAAGAACGCAGCGCAGCUCCAGACGCUGGCCAAUCAGAUCAACGAGAAUGCGAAACUCAUCGAUGAGUUCUUUGCUUUUCACAAUUCCCGGGAGGACUGGCUGAAACCUGCGGUUCUGAAGGUGGCGGAAAUCAUACGGCUUCAGGACUUGAGUGCGAUCCAGCUGGAAGUGGCUACGUUGGUCCAAGCAUACCCAGAUAUACGGAAUAAGCAAAUUGAAGCCAUUCUGUACAUAAAGGGGAACCUUACGCGACAGGAAACAAAGUCCAUCUUGAAGAUAGUCGACAGCAUAGAACGGAGACUUUCCGACAAAACGAGGCUGUUCGAGCUUAUUAAAAAUUCCUAAUAUAUCCAAGAAAGACAAGUGGAAGAAUAUUUAUAAACAUUUAUGGACGUUCAUGAUUUUUAUGGAGAAGUAUCCAGUUUACAUAAGAUGUAUUGCAAGGGUCCACUUCUUUUCCUGUCCUCACCUUAGUUAUGGUCAACAUUUCAAGAACUGGGACACCACGGAGUUCACCGAUAGGACUCAAACCGGGAUCCGGUCUGAAGAUUGACACUGUCUAGGUCGACAAUGUUUAGGUCGACCACUAUAGGUCGACAGUCACUAGGUCAACAGGGUUGUGUUCCACACCCCUCAAACCUUGGUAUAUGUAUUACCAUAAGGCCGAUAUCCUUUCAUUACAUGCUCAUAUUGCACUUCUGCUAUAAACUAUAUGUGUUUUUUUAAUAAUUAUGGGGUCCCUUCAGCUACCGGGGCCCUUACAGGAGGCGGCUUCCUUACAAUGGUGCAAACCCCUGAGGAACUUUGCAGGAAGUCACGUAUUUUAACUAUUUGUGUACUGUAUUUUAUUGCUAUAUUUUUGUACACUCCAGACAUAAAACAAUGUAAAUAGUAUGACUCCUUUAUGGAUUUAGUAAAUGAAGAAGAGAUAUACUCAAUUUAAUGAGGCAAGACUUCUUCUAUGCAAAUGUUCUCUGUAUGCUCUUUGUUAAUUACUGCUUAUGACUCUAUAACGAAGCAGUGAUUGUGUUUUGUUGUUUUAAAAGCAGUUUCAUUUCCUAAGCCUUGGACUAGCUAAUGCAUGUACCAUUCCUUUUAUUGGUACACCUGUGCAUAAGAAGGAGGCUCCUCCCACUUUGGAUCCCUCUUGCGAAUUAAGCUUACCAGCUCUUUAAGUCAGAGCUCAUCACAUUGCAUGCAUUGCAUACAUUAGGGUUAUAUACUAACGAAAAUAUAACUGCAUAACUGCCUAUACCCAGGGUAGCUCAGAGAAAUCGGUUGGUUCUAAAUCGGAGUGGGAGAAGGGACCUUCUGACGUCACAAGGGGAGGAGACACGUCACCGGGGGAGGAGCUACGGCCGAACAGGGUAUUCGCAAAGUACCCUCGCGGGCUCGCCACCUGAUUACUAAAGGUAAUAGUUGGUGGUGUGGAUAGUAGAGGAACUAUCCUGCUGGCCUAGCUCCUCCCCCUUGUGUCGUGGCUCCUCCCCCUGAUGUAAAAGGUCCCUUAGGCCACUUGAAUCUAGCAUCAACCCAGAGAAAUCCCAGGCCUUGGUACUUGGCAGGGUGGGUGUGGUCAGAAUUGGCCAAGCGAAUUAAUGAUGCGCAACUGGAAGUGGGGGGGGGGGGGUGUCCAAGGCCGUCUUCUGGCUGUGGCUAGGCAUCCAUGGCGGGCCAGGGCCCCUGACAGAUGCAGACCAGGGUACUCCAUAACCCCACCCUCUCAGCGCUCCUGUCCAUAUUUACUAAUCAUUACUCAGGUAUGAGCUAGAGCAGGUUAGACUAUUAAAUCAUAUGCAAAGUCCCAUUAAUGGGACACAAAGGUGUUUUCACAAUCACUGCACAGUACCUACAGUAUUACGCUGAACACUCACUGGACGUCCAAGAUGACAGCAGCGCAAAAUCGGUGAUGUAUGGUCAACUCCCAUUUAUUUACAUGCCCGGUUAUGACCCAGACCCCACUGAUUUUGUUCUGUUAUUAUGCACCCGGCGUUCCGGUCAUACGUAAUGCGUUAUCAUGGAAAUAAGCUGCAAUAUGGCAGGGUGUGACCAGCAUUAUAUGACGAAUGUAGUGGUUCUAAAUAUUUAUUACAUGUGUUAUGCUCUGUGGCGUGUCAGAAUUGUGUUUUUGUAUGUUUUAUAUUUUGUGUGUUAUAUUUGUAUUAUACAGUAUUUUUGACCUUGUUUAUUUGUGAGCAAGUGGCUGAGUUCUAAUUAGCCAGGACUGAUGAAAAUGAUGGCAGAUUAUUAUAUGGGGGGGGGUUUUGCACAUAAAUCUUCAAACUU